AGACUCACUGAGGAGACCCUCCGACCCUCUCCGAUGCCGCCGCCUUCGCGUUGACUCCUCCUUCUCCUCCUCCUCCUCUUUCAACUUGGCCCACUCCACUCAACAACCCCAUUUGCUUCUUUUUCGCUUUUUUCUUCCUCUUGCAUUUCCAUUUCGUUCUGAAGUUGUGUUCUUGUAUUCUUCUCUUCCUCCUUUCAAUUUGUGUUCAUUUCUCCAAAUCAGUCAUCACAAUGGCCAGCCAAAACCAGCAGAAGCCCCUGCCCUUCCAGUACCAGUUCAUUGCUGGUGCCGUGGCUGGUGUGUCCGAGAUUCUGGUCAUGUACCCACUUGACGUGGUCAAGACCCGAGUUCAACUCCAGACCGGUGCCGCCACCGCCGGCCAAGACCACUACAAUGGCAUGUUCGACUGCCUGCGCAAGAUCGUGAAGAACGAAGGCUUCUCCCGCCUGUACCGCGGCAUCUCCGCGCCGAUCCUGAUGGAAGCGCCCAAGCGCGCGACCAAGUUCGCCGCCAACGACAGCUGGGGCAGCUUCUACCGCAACCUGUUCGGGGCGGCGGAGCAGACGCAGUCGCUGGCGAUCCUGACGGGCGCGACGGCGGGGGCGACGGAGUCGUUCGUGGUGGUCCCCUUCGAGCUGGUCAAGAUCCGGCUGCAGGACCGCGCGUCGGCGGGCAAGUACAACGGGAUGCUGGACGUGGUGCGCAAGAUCGUCGCGGCCGAGGGACCGUUGGCGCUGUACAACGGCCUCGAGUCCACGCUGUGGCGCCACAUCCUCUGGAACUCGGGCUACUUCGGCUGCAUCUUCCAGGUGCGCGCGCAGCUCCCCGCCGCCGAGCCCGGCAACAAGGCCCAGCAGACCCGCAACGACCUCAUCGCCGGUACCGUCGGCGGCACCGCCGGCACCAUCCUCAACACCCCGAUGGACGUCGUCAAGAGCCGCAUCCAGAACACCGACAAGAUCCCCGGCCAGGUCCCCAAGUACAACUGGGCCUGGCCCGCCGUCGGCACCGUCAUGAAGGAGGAGGGCUUCGCCGCCCUGUACAAGGGCUUCAUCCCCAAGGUCCUGCGGCUGGGCCCCGGCGGCGGUAUCCUCUUGGUCGUGUUCACCGGCGUGAUGGAUUUCUUCCGCAAGAUGCGGGAUGAGUAGAUGUUUAUUCUUGAGGAGCUUUCUGAUUUUGGUUGCAAGUUUGGUUUUCGUUUUAUGAUCAUCAUGAUAGAAGAGAGGAAGAGAGGAGAAAAACGAGCAAGGAUAGAAGCGCUCGAAAGAAAUCAUUGUUCAUCUGAUCGUAUCGUAUCUUGUCGCAAUAGAUUCAUCCUCUAUUGUUGUCGUUGUGGUUGUCGUUGUCAUGAAUAAGCUUUUGUGUAUCUGCAUGCUGAAUAUGAUCAUCCGUUGAUAUGAUACCAA